AUGGCCAUGCCAGUCCACAGGAAUGGGAACUUGUCAGCAGCGCCCUGGCAGGAAUUUGUGCUGGAGGGAUUUGGGGGUGAUGUGGAGACCCAGGCCCUGCUCUUUGCCGUCUUCCUGCUCCUGUACACGGUGACCGUCCUGGGGAACCUCACCAUGAUAGUCCUCAUCACCAUGGAUGCCCGCCUGCACUCCCCCAUGUACUUCUUCCUGAAGAGCCUGUCCUUCGUUGACCUCUGCUACUCUUCUGUCAUUGCCCCCAAUGCCAUGGCCAACUUCCUCUCUGCCUCUAAGGUCAUCACUUUUGCAGGCUGUGCCAUUCAGUUCUUUUUUUUUUCCUUGCUAGCUACCACUGAGGCUUUCCUGUUAGCAGUGAUGGCCUAUGACCGCUUUGUGGCCAUCUGUAGUCCUCUGAGGUACCCUGUGACCAUGUCCCCUAUGACCUGUGCCCGUCUGGUCCUGGGCACCUACUGUGGAGGCUGCCUGAACUCCAUCGUGCAGACCAGCCUCACGUUCCAGCUGCCCUUCUGCAGAUCCAACCGCAUCAACCACUUCUUCUGUGAUGUGCCCCCGCUGUUGCAGAUUGCAUGUGCCAACACGGUUGUCAAUGAGCUCGUCAUGUUUGGUAUCUGUGGACUCAUCAUUGUGAGCACCACCCUCGUGGUCCUCGUCUCCUAUGGCUACAUCACCGUGACCAUCCUCAGCAUGCGCUCAGGGUCAGGGCGACACAAGCUCUUCUCCACCUGCGGCUCUCAUAUGACAGCUGUGUCCCUGUUUUAUGGGACUCUGUUUGUCAUGUAUGCACAGCCUGGUGCCGUGGCGUCCAUGGAGCAGGGCAAGGUGGUCUCCGUCUUCUACACCCUGGUCAUCCCGAUGCUCAACCCCCUCAUCUACAGUCUGCGGAACCAGGAUGUGAAGAAGGCACUGCAGAGGCUGGGACAGAGACACAGCCUUGGGAAGGGUGACACACGGUAUGGGACAGGGUCCUGGGGCUAG